AUGGAAUCGGGCACUGAAGACCCGCACCCGCACAGCCCCUCCAUGGAACACCCCACUGACCAGCCUCCCGUCCAGCAGGACUCCAUUGAAGAAAAAGGCUCUGAUGCAGAGGAGAAACUAUCCGAAGAAGAAGGAAAAAUAUUCUCUUCCCAGUUGCAACCGAACUCCAUGGAAGAAAGGGGCUCAGAUGUGGAGGAGAAACUAUCCGAAGAAAAAGGGUCAGAGCCCAAGACAGAUGAGGAGGAGAAUUCGAAGGAAAACGAGACACAAGACAGAAACAGCUGCACUACUCUGUCAGAUUCAGAACGCGGCUCUAGUCCGGAGAGCUCCAGGAAGAGGAAGCUCAAUUCCAGGCACGGCACCUGCGAGAGAACAGGGCCCUCUCCAGAUGAGCGCAGUGCGACUUCGGAAAAGAAGAAACAGAAGGUCCUUGACUCUGGCCACAGCAGGGAGAGUGAAGAAAUCCAGGAUGCCCGCCCCAGGAGAUCCCAGAGGAGGCGCCCUGGGCGCAGCAAGAGGCCCAGAGACCAGCCGCCUCCACUUCGGAAAACCCUCGUGACCUCCCUGCGCUCUAUGUCUGAGGCCAUUUAUCAGAACAUAGUUAAUGUGUACAACCACAAGGGCUAUUCCCCGCUGCUCUGGGAGCAGCUAGCCCAGCUGCGGGGGCCUCUGCGCACCGCGGUGCUGACCAUGUACGCCAUGGCCAACCAGGCGGCCUAUGUCUUCCCUGCCGAGGGCUGGCUCGUCCCAAACCCACUGCCGGCUCCCUGGAGUCCAGCCGGGGGAUGGAGAAGAAGGUCCGUGCUCCAAGGACAGCCUACCUCUUCCCUAGACAGCCUGUCAGUGGAUCAGGCUUGA